AUGACGCAGGCUAGUGAUUAUGAUGAGAGGAACAGGAAGCGUUUGAGAGCCACCAGGAACGGCCUGAAACGGCUGCUGCCUUCAACGGUAACGUCAUCGGAGCCACAUCCAGUCCUUUCGGAUGAACUCAUCAGAGAAAUAUUGUUGAGGCUUCCGGCGAGGUCGCUGCUUCGAUACAAUGGAUUUGGAGAUUUCUCGGUUCGAUCUUUGUUUGACAACCCUUCUGAACCUACGGAAGUUGUUCGCUUUGUAGGAAAACGUAGCCACAAAAUUAUUGGCUCUUGCAACGGAUUGCCGUGCUUGCUUGACAUUACUAAUAUAGAUAACUGUAUCAUUCUGUGGAAUUCUUGUAUUGGAUUGACAUCCCAACCGCUAGAAAUUUGGGGUUUCGUAGGAGUUUGCGGCUUUGGAUAUGAUCAUGUAAAUGACGAGUACAAAUUUGUUACGGUUGUAGAUCAGAUACACAAACAUGAACCGCUUAGAUAUGAAACUAGAAUUUAUACAUUUUGCUCGAACCCUUUGAUGAGAAUCAUUGAAGAAAUCACAUUUAAAAGGAUAAAUGGUGAGGGUAAAGGGGUAUUUGUGCUUGGCACCGCCACUCUUAAUUGGAUUCAUUGGCAUGACACUCUAGAUUACUUGGUUCUUUCCCAUGACUUGGUGAAGGAGACUUGUAGUGAGUUUUCUUUGCCUCUCAACCUCAAGGAUCCGGAAAAUAAAUCCUUCAUCUUCCCACACUUAUGUAUGCUGAAGAACUACCUUGCAUUUUGUUCUAGUCAUGAGAAAACUCAUUGGUCUUUGUGGCUGUUGAAGGUGUAUGGAGUGUCUCAAUCUUGGACUAGAUUGGCCACCAUCCACUGCCACCCACUACUUAUUGGUGCUGAGUUAUAG